GCUCUGUUCCUUUAAGGAUGCUGACAGUGAGCCAGCUGGAAGUGUUCUCAGAGGAGGUGUCCUCAAAACAAGUUAAACUACUAGAACAGGAAAAUCAAGGAAGCCAAAUAGAGUCCAGAAGCUGCAAUACACAGAAGACAGCUGAAGAAAUACUGUAGAACCCAAAAGGGGACUUUUCCUGUGGAAACAAGAAAGGAGGGGCUCAAGCACACAAGAUCUUCCAAAUCUUUAUGCACUGUCUACAGAGAAACAGCAGAAGUAUGUACAGAAAGCUUUUCAAUUUAGAGCUAAAUAAGAUGUUUUCCAGACGCCAGCAUUUAAAGAACACUACUUAGCACAAGAAACCAGAAGAUAUAUUGAAUGACAAAGCAUCUUUGUAUUUGCGUGGGCAGUGUCGGCUAAGAAACCUCCUCCUCACUGGCUGCAAAAGCCAUGGGCUGCUGGAAGAAUAUGAAAAGCAACACCUGGACUUUUCCCACCCUGAUCCUCUGCCUCUAUGGAUUCUUCUACACAAUGAAGCCAUCAGAACCUUUUCUAACCCCUUACCUAACUGGACCAGAUAAAAACCUGACAAUAGACGAGGUUACCAACCAGGUUUUCCCAGUUUGGACAUACUCCUACCUUGCGCUCCUCGUCCCGGUCUUCCUGAUCACUGACUACGUGCGCUACAAGCCCAUCAUCCUCCUCCAGGGCAUCAGCUUCAUCGUCACGUGGCUCCUGCUCCUCUUUGCACAUGGGCUGGUGGCCAUGCAGGUGGUGGAAUUCUUCUAUGGGAUGGUGACAGCCACCGAGGUCGCCUACUACGCCUACAUCUACAGUGUUGUCAGCACUGAUCACUAUCAGAGAGUGACGAGCUAUUGCAGGAGUAUCACUCUCGUGGCAGCCACCUUUGCUGCUGUGCUGGGACAGCUCCUGGUUUCCCUAGCAGAUGUAUCCUACUUUCACCUCAAUGCCAUCACUCUGGCUUCCGUGUCCCUGGCCUUUGUGUGCUCCUUUCUCCUCCCAAUGCCUCAAAAGAGCAUGUUCUUCCACAGAAAGGGCAACUCAGAAACCCACCCACAACCAGACAGAGUUGUAACUGAGCCCGGCCCCAACAUAUCAUCGAGCUGCCAGCAGGACAAGGACUGCACAGCUGCUGACACGGGACCGACUCCAGCGCAGCAGCCUCAGCAGCCUGAGCCCCAGCACCAUGUGCUGAGAGUACUGGUGCAGCUGGGCAAGGACCUGAAGGAUUGCUACAGCUCUAGGAAGCUUCUUUACUGGUCCCUGUGGUGGGCUUUGGCUACGGCAGGCUUUAACCAGGUUGUGAACUACAUCCAAGUGCUGUGGGACUUCCGAGCCCCGUCCCACAGCUCUGCAGUGUACAAUGGAGCUGUUGAAGCAGUGGCAACAUUCCUGAGCUCAGUAGCAUCUUUCAUGGUCGCAUAUAUGAAAAUGAACUGGGACCUAUUUGGAGAACUGGCAUUAGGAAUCUUCUCCACAAUGGAUGCUGUUUCUUUAUUUCUCAUGCACUUUACUACCAAUAUCUGGGUGUGCUAUGCUAGCUACCUAAUUUUCAAGGCAAGCUAUAUGCUCCUUAUAACAAUAGCAACGUUCCAGAUCGCAGUCAACCUGAGCAUGGAGCGCUAUGCUUUGAUGUUUGGGCUGAACAACUUCGUUGCACUGGUGAUUCAGACCAUCCUUACAGUAGUUGCUGUGGACUCAAAAGGUUUGGGAUUGGACAUUGUGACUCAGUUUUUAAUUUAUGGCAGUUACUUUUCAGUCAUAGCCGGGAUUUUCUUGAUCAGAAGCACUUACAUGCUUGUCUCAAGAAAGUGCAACAGGAAAACAGUGAGAUUUUGGAAAGAGCCUCAGAACCUCACUGAAUAUGAAUCUAAAGAGCAGACUGUAACCAGCUGUGUGACGCAGCUGUAAGAGUUGGACAGACAGCUCACAUGGCCCAG